AUGCGCCCACACCCGAACCUCCAGUCACUGUGCCUGCAGCCUCCAGCUGUCCCUCACCCCCAGCCCCGCAUAGAAGGACUCUCUCUAGCUCUCUUCCCCAAGUCCCCUCCGGAGUGGGGAGAGAGUGCGCGCAGCAGCACCCGGGUCUUGAACCCCAGAGAGCCCCGCCCAUGCACGGAGCCUCUCCGGGCUCUGGCAGCGGGCACAGGGGGUGGGGUCUCCGCUGCCACCGCCCCUUACCUCGCGCGGGCCCUCCUUGCAGGUCCCGGAGGCGGGGGCAACCGGAGGAGCCAGAGGAGAAGGAGGAAAACGAGACAGGGGGAGACAGGAGGGCAGGAGAGGGGAGAGGAGGGGAAAGAGGAGGAGGGGAGAAAGGGCUUUGUGUCAGCCUCCGGCCGUCCCUCUGUGAUAGGGAGCCAUCCCCCUCCCCCAGCCACCUUCCCAAGCCCGCGGAGUGGGUGGAGCGGGGGCGAACGGAGCGGAGGCAGGGAGCAAGGCGCCUGCGCGACCCCGGGUCUGGCCAUUCCCCCCUCCCAUCCCCUCGUACCCCAGCCCCCGCCCCUCCUGACAACCACCCGCUACGCUUACCCGGUUACAAGGAACCCAGGCUGCAACCAGGAAAAACUGCCAUCAGAAAGUUUAGCUAAGCCGGAGCAAACUUGGCUGGACCGGCCCCUGACCCGCCUUGGCGCCGCCGCCCCUGUCUUCUGCGCUCCCUGCCCAGGCGAGGACCAGAGUUCUGUUCUCGGAGAUUCUUGCCUUUCUUGUUUUAGCACAAACGCGCGCGCACCCCUUUCCCAUAACGAGCCCCGCCGCCCAGCUGCAGAUCCCGGGGUCCGUCGCGGGGGCUGGAAAAGCCUCACUCGAGAGGCCCGAGCUGGCUGCGGCUCUGGGUCCCGGGGCAGGUUCUCCAGGGUUGGAUACGCUCUGGACGCCUGGGCGGGUUGUUUUGCUUCGGCCUCGCUGGCCGGGGGCCCGCCCACCCCGCCUGGAACGCGGUUUGGAUCGGCGCUGGGAGCCCUUUGUAACCCCAGCUGCAGGCCGCGCAGGCAGGCGGGGACGCGGGAGCCGCGGGGCCGGUUCCUCGCCAGCAUCCAGCCUUUUCGGAGUCAGGCGCGACCCUGGUGA